UUAGAAUUCAGAAAGACAUGUCUCCUAGUCCUGCCCAGCAGACUUCGAGUAUGACAGCCACUACUACUACGUCCAACAACAACAGGGUUAUACCUCGUGCCCCCUCGAGUAGCCCGUGGUCCGCUGCUGCUGGUGGUGGUGGAGGGGCCUGGGGAUCGGACACUAUGUCUGCUCAACAGCUGAUGGCUGUGGGAGCUGAUAUCAGUGGGGAGAACCUAGCAAAAUUAAUGGCGUUUGAGAAAAACAAGGAUGAGAAGAGCGCUCGUGGUAUGUUGGUCGCUCUCUCGGACCCCGACCUCGCUGAGCUGAAGAUGCGUGCUGUGAAUUCCUUGGAGUCUGUGGUGAAAGACACAUCUCAGGUUCAUACACGUAUGAUGAAGUUGGAAAGCAGCAUCAAGGCUCUGGCGGCUGAGGCUAAGUCCCAACAGAAGGAGCAUGAACAGUCUGCUGCUCGGGCUACCACGGCUAAGUCGACUACUGCUGCUGCUGGACACAGCAGUAAGAGAAGUGCUAGUCGCUCUAUCGGCCCUAGUAUCGGUAGCAAGUUGAAGGACUUGCAGUUGGAGUUCUCCAAGUUGGGGAAGAAAAAAGCUGACUGCAUUGCUCACACUAAAGCUCUCGAGAUUGCCAAGGUUACUGUUGAGGAAGAGUUGGAUUGUCGGGAUACAUGCGCGUCAUUAAAACUGCCCCGUGGUCGUUAUGAGGAGAUGAGGCUAGUCAUUCCGGCGGAAAAAGUGCAGCGUUCUCGAGGACGUAACGGUGCGAAUUUCCGUCGUCUGGCGAACCAGUUUGGAGUGUUGGUGGACGAAGUAGAGCAGCAGCAGCAGCCUCAGCAGCAGUACUCUCAGAGUGAUGCUACUGGAGGGAGUGGUGAUGAGGGAGGGCCGCUCAUAGUGAAGAUAAGGGGAGAGAAGAAGAGGGUAGCUGAUUGCUAUGCUGAGCUCAAGCAUGAAGUUUGUGAAGAGAUUCGGUACUACCGUGAUUUGGACAAUACUCAGCUGCAAGCUAUGGCCUUCUUCGCUAAGUACAUCGAGAAGGAGAUAGAGGAGCGGUAUGAAUGGGUUAGUUGUCGACUAGUAGUGAUGUUCAAGGAAAAGCAGGUUUUGAUGAAGCUAGCUGAUAUGGGCUCUGAUGAUAAGCAAAAGACUUCUAGUGGAAGAACGGACUCAAAAUUGCGUAACGUGUUUGAUAGAGUGAAGAGAGCCAUCGCAGAUCGGCUGAACGGCUAUUCCACUGUCGAGCUCACAGCUAGAAACCAGGCUAGUGUCAUUAUCGGUAGAGGCGGGCAGAACAUCGAGAAGCUCAGGGUGGAGACUGGUUGUUUCCUAUACAUUGAGAAUCCCUCUGGAGUGUCGACUCGACAGUCCUCUCCAAGCGGUGAUAGUGGUGAUGCUAUGAAUGAGGCACAAUACGGGUCGUUGAGGAUUAUAGGGAAGAAAAAAGAUCUGAGUGCCGCUAAGGAUAUCGUGAUGAAGUUCGUAGAGUCCCAGAAGAGGUCAACCCUUGUGUGGCGUCUUGAUGAGGAGGUUGACGCAGAAGACCUCAUUGAGUGCAUAUGGGACAGAAGGACGGUGAAGCGUGAUCCUGCUGCUUCCUUCGGCAAUGUAGUCCGUGCGCCAUGCCAGGGAUGCAGGGCUAAUGUUGAGGGUUGA